AUGUCACUUUCCACCUCUUACCAAGCUGUCAUUGAUGCUUUAACCAAAGACCUGCUCAGAGACCAGCCUGACGAUCCCAUUCAAUACUGUGCGAAUUAUUUCUCUCGCCAGCUCGCAUCCGAGCGGGCAUCUCUUCGCGCCUCCAAAUCAUCCAAUACCAACGGUAAAAUGGCAGACACGGCCGGUCCGUUUGACCGCAACCCCUUCGGAGCAAAGAACGUCAACAGCAUAGAAGAGGAGGACGAAGAACGUGACAACUUUGGCUCCCCAACCGACGCCACGUUCAAGUCUCGCGAUUCAGGCCGCUCACCUUUCGGCGGCUCUGGCUUCGGAGCUGCCGGAGGAGGUGGUGCUGCAGGAGGAUUGUUCGGCAACUGGUUAGGUGCACAAGGCACCGAAGAGACCGGAGAACAACCUGCUGCUGAACCCCCCACUGGCAAAUAUGCCGCUGGUCGGAGGACCUCAGUUUCAGCAGAGUCCAUGCAGCCAGACGCGGACUCGGGCAAUUGGAAACCACCCAAGCAUGCAAAGUCACCGGAUCAAUAUGAGAGAUUGAAGCAUGCGGUGGCCGGCAACUUUUUAUUCUCCAGUCUUGACGAAGAAUCCUUCCACUUGGUCUUGGAUGCCUUGGUCGAAAAGUCGAUCCCGGCUCCCAACAUCAAAGUCAUUACUCAAGGCGACGAAGGUGACUUCUUCUACGUGAUUGAAAGCGGAGAUUUUGACAUCUACAUUAACGCCAGUGGUUCAGUCGAAGCCGGACCGGAAGGUCUGGGCAACAAGGUCGGCACGAUCGGACCCGGUGGCAGCUUUGGAGAAUUGGCUCUUAUGUACAAUGCUCCUCGUGCGGCUACAGUUGUCAGCGCUUCCAAGGGAGGUAUGCUGUGGGCUUUGGAUCGUCUCACCUUCCGCAGAAUCCUCAUGGACAAUGCCUUUCAGAAGCGAAAGAUGUACGAAGGCUUCCUGGAAGAGGUUCCCCUGCUCGCAUCACUCAAACCCUAUGAAAGAUCAAAGAUUGCAGACGCCUUGGAGACUGUCAAGUUCAAUGCAGGAGACAAGAUCAUCACAGAGGGAGAGCCUGGCGAUGCUUUCUACCUCUUGGAAUCUGGUGAAGCCAAUGCUUUCAAGCAAGGCAUCGACAAGUCGGUCAAGGAUUACCAUCGAGGCGACUUUUUUGGUGAAUUGGCACUGUUGGACGACAAACCUCGUGCGGCAACCGUCGUUGCCAAAACCGCAGUAAAGGUGGCCAAACUGGGACGAGAUGGAUUUAAGCGGCUCCUCGGUCCAGUUGAGAGCAUCAUGAGGCGGGAAGACUACGAUGAUGGAGACCCAUUGAGCCAAGCAAAGACAGUCACUUAG